AUGGCAGUGCGUGCCAAUGUGGACAAGUUGAUGCAGAUCAAGCAAUUGGAAGAGAGUUUCUCAGCUCGCUUCUUCUUCGAGGCGAGAUUGAUCCCUUCCGGGAAGACGCAUGAAGCGAAGGAGAAGGAGGCCAAGAACUGCUUUCAGUUUCUCAAGAAGAAAGUCGAGGGCGAGGUUGCGAUACCUGGAGCCAACAUCGACGUUCCGAAAGCCAAAACUGAAUGCCGCUCGAGAUUCACAGUGGAGAACUGUCUCGAGGAGCCAACAGACGAAUCACCCAAGCCGAAAGUUUGGAUGGACCACAAAGACGGCAGCAGCGUGGUCAAGAUGUCCUGGGUGAUUGCUGGCGAGUUUGCGGAGAAGCUAGAAUUGAAAAGCUUUCCCUUCGACUGCCAAGAGCUGUCUGUGACACUCUGCCUAGGUGUGCCCUGUCUCGCCGGAAAGGAGCAGGUGCGCUUUCAGCUUCCAGAUAAAGACGAAUCCAAAGUGAUCUUGAACGUCUUCAGUCUGCAAAACUCCUGGAUGCGCCCGGAACGCGUCUUCUUGAAGUUUGACUGGACCGAUAAAGACAAGAACUGGCAGGAACAUCAGUUUCCGACUGUGAAAAUCAGCGUUUAUCUGCAGCGCAAAUACGGGUUUUACCUUUGGAACGUCGUCCUCCCCAUGUUCCUGAUCGCUUCGAUGAGUGCUUGCUCGAUGAGCAUCCACAUCGACAAAGUCGCUGAUCGUCUGAGUGCGACUUUAACUUUGGUCCUCACGGCGGUUGCUUACAAGUACAUCACCGCUCAGAUGGUUCCAACCAUCGGCUACAACACCUGGUUGGACAAGUACGUGCUGGCAUGCUUCUGGUUCCUUGUAAUCAUCGUCUUGGAGAACUGCGUUGCUGGACGGUUCGACGAACAGACCGAGUCUUUAUGGUUCAUGUUCAUCGGUAUUAUGUUCAUCUUGACCAACAUCGGCUUCGCGAUCUGGGCCUGGAUUCUCGUCGCGCAAGCGAAGACUCAAGCCAAAGAGGGCCCCAGAGCGCAGGUGUGCUGCGAGGGCUGCUUCGCCGAGCUCUCGGACGACAUGGCGGGCGAU